AAAAGAGAAAGAAAGGAAAGCGAAGCAAGGAUGGAUUACACUCUAGCAGCGCUGAAGCUGAUGUGCGCACAACUAAAACAAGCUAAGCAGACUCCUUCACAAUCUUCAUUCUCUUUUGGAGGAAUCCUCUUCCAACGCGCCUGGGUACAGGGCCUUCUCGUCUCCGUUUCCGACUCCGACGAAAAUGAUAACUGCUCUCGCUUUCUUCUCGACGAUGGUACCGGCAUCGUUGAAUUGCUCCUCUCGCAGGACUUCCUCAACCAAAACCAUUGGAUCACUGGAAUGUAUGUGAUGGUGGUCGGAGCUUACAUAAUUCGUGCUGAUGAAAUUCCUAUGAUUAAGGUUCACAAGAUAGUUGAUCUUUCAGCAUAUCCUGAUAGAGAGGCAAUGUGGUAUCUUGAAGUAAUUGAAGCCUACAAAAUAUUCUACCAAACUCUUAUUGAAGAUUGAACGUCAGACGUUCAUACAACUCUGAAACUUCCGCCAUCAGAAUUCAGAAUAACUUUUCUGGGAUGACAAAAUGUAUUGAUAAUGAUAACCAAGUGUUUGCCAAUUUUUCACAAUACUAGCAUUGUCAAAUAUCAACUGUUGGUCUACCCAAAUAUCAUCUGCUAGCUAGCAUGUUCUUUUAUA